AUGACGCACAAGCCGACAUCCUUGGCGGGAUGCUGUAACGCCAGCUCAGGUGCGAGCAGUGACGAGGAGGAAGGCGACGAGGACCACGGCGACGAGGGCAACGAGGAUUGGCCGGAGGACAGGCACAGUGACAGAGCAUCAAAAGUUAACGUACAUGCUGGCGGGAUCGACGAUGACGAGGGGCGGAUGCGGCCAAUCGGCUUGGGCGAUGAAGUGGAAGAGUGGCGCGCCAGGUACUCUUAUGACGACGGAGGUGCGGAUGCGGCGGAAUCUGCGGAUGCUGAUGCGCCUGGAACUGCGCAUGCUGCAGAUGAGGAAGCGGUGGCAACAGUGCAAGCCCCCGCGGCCACGAAUGCUGACUUCUUUGAAGGAGAAGAUGAGGACGACGACUUCUAUCGCCUCGAUGACGACGAUGUGCCUUUGUUGAAGAGGAAGUUGCGUCUUCAUCUGCGCAGCACCACUAAACGCACAAGGGUGGUGCUCUCAGACGACGACAUCCCUGUGGAGGAGCCUCAACACCGCCUUAGUGCUGCUGAGAAGGGGAAGAUGAAGAUUGUUGAAGGCCCAUCCAAUGAAUACCGUCGCCGCCGCACGUGGAAGGAGAAGAAAAAGAACGAUGGAUCAUCGGUUUCCACCAAGGGUGCGAAGAAGAAGAAGACCGCCCAGGGCAUGGAUUACAUUGUCGUCAACGAGAUGCACGUGAGCAACGAUGAGUAUGCCACGGCUGCAGGACCACUUCCCUCUUUCCCUGAGAACGCGAAGCCUAAAGACCUCACACUUCGUAACGCUGAUUCCCGUCCUCCAUCCCCACGCAGUCGAGGUGAGAAACAGACUAGGCGCUCUUGGAGCGUGCGUGAGAAGAUGAGGUGGGCGCGACGCUACAAGGAACCCAGCUCCCUCAAGAAGACAUUAUUUGAAUCCUCCGCCUCCGUUGCGUGCAUUCGACGAUGGGCUGCGCAGACGGAUUCAGGUGCGUAG